AUGCUGGCUUUAGAAGAUGAUAUUGAUGACUUUGACACAUACUCAGAUGACGACAACUUUGAUGAAGAUAAACUAGACAAUGAAGAGUAUUCAAAGCUAUAUGAUUCACUUCCAAAAUUGAAAAUGGCAAUCUCAUCAUACAAUGAUGAGAUUCCAGAAAUAGAUUUGAAAGAAGCUCUAUAUUACAAUUAUUAUAAGCUAGAUGAAACCAUUGAGGAACUAAAAUCUAAGUUUCCAAAGAAAAGUAAGUAUUCAUACAUAUUUGGAUUCAGUUUUUUCCUUGUUUCGUUGUCAAAUAUGAUUAACUUAGUUAAUUCAAGUUUGCGAAAACGUAAUUAUAAAGAGUUUAACAAGAGUUCUAGGAUUCUAAUACGCUCUUUUUCAUAG